AUGGAUACCCCGGAGAGCUUCCCAUUCAUUGUCAGUACUCCGGCCCAGAGAAGAACACGCGCACAGAACAGGCAAAUCAAAAGCCAUGCUGCAAAGGCAGGGAACCCUUGCAGCCGGCUGCGAAAAUCGAACACUCGGUCACCUUCAAGACGUUACCAUGCCAUGAGAUCAGGUGACACGACGCCCGAACAUGGAAGUCAACUGGUAGUUGUGCCUACCCUUAGCCCUGGCCCAGAACUGGCAGAAGUCCCAAGACUCGCCUUUUCUGAUGCCUUGACACCCCUUCUUCUCUAUAACCUCGGCAAAUGUUUGUUCCGCUGCUCCCUCUAA